CUCCGCUGCUUGCGAGUGAGGUCCAGAUUGCAGCAUUUGCUCUAUCCUCCCCUUCUCCGAUCAAUCUUCUCCCCUUCCUAUGCCUCCCAAUUCCUUUCCUGCUUGCUUGCUCUCUCUCUCUCGUGCGUCUUUUUUCUUAGCGGCAUUCUCUCCACCGACUCGUCUUGUUCCUCUUCCUCUCCUGCUUCGUUUUGUUACCCCCCCUUCUGAUAUACUGGGAAGGAUUUGAGAUUUGGCGGAGGGCUAGUGUUAUGUUGUUGUUAGAAUCGUACAUUGUGGAAGGAUAUUAAUGUUGUAAUUGUGCGGGGUGAGGAGUUUUUUUUGGUUUUGUUUGUUUGAUUUUGGGAUUUGGAUGUGCUCUUGCGGUCAUGGUCUGGCUGCCAUGGCUUCAGCAGCUUCCCCUGUGUUGCAAUUGCAGCGAAAUCGGCUGUGUACGUUGCCUUCCUCCAUCGCGCCUCCUCUGCCCUCUAGUAGAUUUUUGCAUUCUCCCAAUUCGGCCAGGUGCUUGCGCGGUAUUACUGACUCGCGUACUAGGAUAAGCUCGCCGCUGCUCGCGACGCCCCGAGAGGAUGCCGCCUUGGAGCAUCACGCGGAGAGCUCCACGAAUGGGGCAGCGCUGAGGGCGUCUUUGGAAUGCGUGGAAAGGGUCUCACAAGGUGGUGGGAGCGAGUUGGAGACGCUGGCACUCUCCCAUGGCUCAUCCACCAAUGGAAGCAUUCCGAAGGGGGGUGAGAAUGCAAAUGGCUCAUUGCCGGUGGUUGAGAGACGGGAGCUGGAUUGGGUAGCGAUGGGUUCAGGCAGGCAAUUGGUUGAGGAAUUCCUUUUUACUCAAGAUUACUUAGAUAGCUUAGACUAUGAUUCCUUUGACAGUACUGGUGGCGUCGAAGGAGCUGCUGUUGUUGACAUGAAUGGCUCGUUUGCCGAAACAGUUACAGUGAAAGUAAACUCCGUAAUUACUGAGGAGCGAUCGAGAAAGAAAUCGGUAAAAACUUUGCAAAAGGGCAGCAGAGUCUUACCCUCCACAAUUUUGGAGUUGCUUCCCUUGAAACUCGAGACAAACAUCAAAUUCUACAUCGACGUCUACGCUUCGAUGCUGAAGGCGGGCAGGAUUAAAGACUGUCUCAAACUUUUAGGAGAAAUGGAUAAGGCGGGAAAACUUGCUCGGAUGAAGGUGAAUCACUCUAAGUUUUAUGAAGCUUGUAAAGCGAGAGGAUCCGUGGAAGAUGCUUUCGCUUUUGCGAAACUAAUGCGUGAAUUCUCAACGUUACAGCAUUAUACAAUGCUUCUCUCAGUCUGUUGUCAUGCAAAAGACAUCGACGGAGCAUUAAGAGUGCUUGCGUUACUAGAAAGCAGAGGGUUGAAAGCGGAUUGCAUGUUCUAUACCUCACUUAUCUCUGCCUGCGCCAAAGCUGGAAAAGUGGACCUCCUCUUUCAGAUCUUUCAUGAGAUGGAGGUGGCAGGCAUCGAAGCGAAUGUUCACACUUUCGGAGCAAUGAUUGAUGGGUGUGCCCGCGCCGGACAACUGCCCAAAGCUUUUGGAGCAUAUGGUAUCAUGAUAUCUAAGAACGUCAAGCCUGAUCGGGUCAUUUUCAACACUCUUAUAAACGCCUGCACUCGGGCUGGAGCUGUCCAAAGAGCGUUUGAUGUUUUGACGGACAUGAAAGCAGAAGCAACACCCAUAAAGCCAGAUCACGUCACCUACGGUGCUCUUAUUUCUGCUUGUGCACGUGCAGGCGAGGUGGACAGGGCUCUUGAAGUCUACCAGAACAUGCGCGAAAGCAAUGUGAAGGGAUCCCCUGCUUGUUACACUGCUGUUGUGCAUGCUUGCAGUCAAAAAGGCAAUGUGGAUUAUGCUCUUUUAGUUUAUGAUGACCUAAAGAAAGAUGGAGUGAAACCUGAUGAGGUGUUCUUCAGCGCAUUAGUCGACGCUGCUGGUCAUGCCCAGGAUAUUGAGAAGGCCUUCAGCAUAAUCGCCAACAUGAAGAAAGAGGGCUUAAAACCUGGAGCAGUUGUCUACAGUUCUCUCAUGGGCGUCUGCAGCAAUCUAGGGAACUGGGAAAAAGCAUUAGAAGUAUACCAAGACAUUCGUUCUUCUGGAUUGCAGCCCACUGUGUCGACGUUCAAUGCUCUCAUGACAGCUCUUUGUGAAGCGAAUCAAUUUACCCGGGCUCUAUCAAUUCUUCAAGACGUGAAAAACUCUGGGAUAAUGCCCAAUCAAAUUUCCUACAGCAUUUUAUUAAGGGCCUGUGAAAAGGAGAAAAUGGCCGAUAUGGCUCUUGACCUGUAUAUGACUGCAUUGUCAGAGGGCAUCAAGCCGAAUGUAGGCAUCUGUGACAGCAUCACAGGCCUCUGUUUACAACAAAUUCAAAGUUAUGCUGCAGCUCCUCAAAAAUUAUGGUCCAUGCUUCCAGUUCCUGCAGAUUCCAACAACCUUUCUUCAACAGAUCAAUGGUCGACAUGGGCUCUUUCUGUGUAUCGCCAGACCAUAGAAGCAGGUACACCUCCAAAAAUUGAGACUCUCUCUCAGUUGCUGGGGUGCUUACGUAAACUAGAAACAUCAACAAAGGCCUUGACUACAUUUGAUGACAGGACUAUCAUGGCUUUUCUUGGACAGCCUCAGGUUUCAAAAUCCUCAACCCCUUACGAUGGGUUCGGUAUCUAUGAUCCUCGGGCUCUUGCUCUCUUUGAGGAAGCAUCGGCACUCAAAAUCGUACCAACAAUUUCCUCCUCUAGCGUCCAGCCAAUCGUUAUUAAUGCAGAGAUGAUGCCAGUUUUUGCAGCUGAGGUCUGCAUUCUAACCAUUUUGAAGGGUCUCAAACAUCGGCAUGCAGCAGGUGCCCGGGUACCAGGUGUAACAAUUAAGUUACAUACGGAAAAGAAAGAGUUCUACAGAACGAAAGGAGGCCUGCUUUCAAUGACCAUGGCUGACAAGACUGGUCAAGCAGUGGCAGCGCUCUUGAGACGACUAGGACUAAAAGCUCAAGGCAGUGAAAGCACAGGUGAACUACGUCUUACAGUGCUGGAAAUUCAGAAAUGGCUGAAACCGAAACCAAUCCAAACAGAGACCAUGAAGACUCCUUUUGCUCCUCCUGAGAAGGCCUUCACUCCCUAUUCUUUACUAGCAAAAACUAUAGCUGAUCAACAGCGCGCGAUUCGCCUUGGUACCGUUGCUCCACACAAUCGAGUUCUGGAUGUGAUGACGGAUAUGGACUUGAAAGAUGGUCUAAUUCAUAGUGAGCAGGGGUUUUCUAUGUUCGGUGCGAAUAUGGGUCCGAAGCGCUCAGUAAAAGGUUCUCGGAGGCGCAGCAGUAGCUUCUGAUUCAAUUUGAAUAGGAUUGCAACCCACCAAUCAAUCGAAGAGUUUAACUAGGUAGAUGAUAGCUCCCACGGAAUCAACAAACAAGACAUGAGUUAUGACCGAUGUGCAAUGCUAAAACGUCAAUUCCAGUACAUCAUGGUUCAUAGGAGAUUUGGCUUCUUCCACUUAUGAGGCCCGAAUUGGCAAUUGACUGAGGCUUCUAGAUAGUAUUUCGAGGAAUUCCAGAUGAAUUUGGUCACAUUAUCUGUGUGGUCGUAGCUUAGUGCUUUUGUGGAGCAUUUAGAAUUCAUCCUUUUAGAGAAUUAAAAUGUCAAUGGGAAAAGGCCCACAAUGCUCAUAGAAAUGUGCAUUGUAAGGUUCACAAAGGUGUGAUAUUUUACUGACUCGUGAGUUUUAUCUCCAGCGAGAUGUUCUGAGAUCUGAGCACCGAAGUCGGCUGUAGCAGCAAAUCUUAAGCAUCUAGAUCAGUCUAAACUGUAGAUGUUUUUUUUUUAUUAACCUUUCAAGGAUGAAGGGGUCAGCUGUUUCUAUAUGUACGCUAUCAAAA